CGGGGUUGAGGAGUAUAGUGACGAUGGGCUGUGUGAUCCUGUUCACAACGGCACUCUGCUGGGUGCUGGUCACCGUGUGGGUGGUGGAGUUAUCAGAAGCGGUUAAUGGGGCUCCUGGAUGGGGGGAGAGAGCGGCCCAGUCUGGGGACACCAGCCGGAACCCCAUGACCUUCAGGUUCCCUCGUGCCCCGCACCUGGUGGUGGCGGCGGAGCCCUGGCCGCCUCACGUCUACUUGACUACUAAGCCCGACGGAACAUCAGAGGUUACUGGACCAAUGGGGCAGCUCCUCGACGCGCUGGCCGCCUCGCUCAACUUUACGUACAGUGUGGUGCAGGGCGAUGGCUACUGGGGUGCCCCGGAUGAGAACGGGUCAUGGAACGGCAUGAUAGGAACGGUACUGAGGAAGGAGGCUGACCUGGGGCUGGGACCUUUUGGCAUGUCCUACACCAGGAGUCAGGUGGUGGACUUCACCAUCCCGGUGUUCCUGGAGAUGCUGCACGUCUUAGUGACCAGGCCUCUUCCUGUGCCGGACCCGUGGGGAUUCCUGGCGCCCUUCAAGUGGUACGUGUGGGUGGGGCUGGUGGCGGCGGUGGUGGCCGUGGUGGUGGUCAGCGCCAGCAGCGUGCGGCUACUGGGCUUCGGUGGACCUGUGUCUGCUGGGGAACACACCUGGGCUUUCUACAGUAUGUUCUUCACGCAGCCUGUGUCUUGGCUCCCCACCGUCGCCUCCCUCAGGUUCCUCUUCACCAUAUGGCUCUUCGUCGUCCUGGUAGUCAGCCGCAGCUACAGCGGAGCCUUGACGUCCCUGCUGGCUGUGAAGACGUUAACGGUGAAGUACGACUCUCUGAGGGACGUUCUGGACGACCCGAGCCUCACUCUCCUCAUGGAGGGCUCCACAGCCCUCACUGAACACCUCAAGACGGCGAGGGAGGGGGUGUACGGGGAGCUGGCCCGGGCGGCCCGCCGGAGGGCCAACUUCGUCAAGGCCAGCGAGAUGUACCAGGCGGCCUACUCCCUCCUGCCCGACGGCCGCCACGCCAUGUUGGUGGAGAAUGUCGUCUGCAGGAAGAUCUUCUCCGACUUCUUCAGUGCUACAGGUCGCUGCAACUUCUACAUGUCAACUGGCAACUUCUGGCGACUCAUCUACGCCAUGGUGGUACAACGUGGCAGCCCUCUACGCCAACUUUUGAAUUCCAGGAUUGAGGCGCUGGGGGCGUUUGGUAUCUACGAACGAUGGACGAGGGAUCAGAUGCCCAAUGUGACCCACUGCCUCAAGAUGCCAAAAAAACUCCAGUUUCAGGAACCUUACUCCAUGUCUGACCUCUGGGCCGUGUUUCUGUUACUGGGUGCUGGAGGUGUUCUCGCUACCACCACCGCCUGCUGUGAGCUGGGAAUGAGGCACUGAGCUGAGCAAUGAGAGAAUGAGAUGUCCUUGUCUUCACUCAUUUUCUCUAACUCAUCCCUCUCUAGCGCUCCCUCGCCUACCUACUAGAGCUGCAUCUACGACUCACUAUAGCUUAAGGCUGCCUCCCCCAACCCAUGUGCCUCCUAAUUAAUGAGCAAAUAACCGCGUAACCAAUCAGCGCCAAGGCAACAUCCUUGCAAAUAACCUUACCUUAAAUAUGAUGAUUGAUAUAUAUAACCUCAGAUUAAACAGCUAAUUAAAAAAAAAUGUUUUAUUUCUCUCCAUCAUACUAGUACAUUAAACAGCCUCGCAUCUUGCGCUGUCAGCGUUCUAUCCCCGACGGCUAAAACGGUUGGGCACCCUUCCUCGAAUCUCUUCCAAAUGCUCCAUAAUCAUAAUAACUAUUCGCUGUCUCCUCAUAAAUUCCUUUUCUCUCAUUCAUUAUGUAAACGGGGAACAUAGACCAAAAUGUCAGACAUGAGAAUAGGCUUCAGUCCUAUCAGUUAGUCAUACAUCAUUUACUGGCUCAUAAUAAUAUAUUAUACUGCAAAUAAUUCUUUUUCUGCAGUAUUUUAAUAUUAUUAGAAACUAAAUGAAAUGUUCAAUUUCUAAGAUAUAUCUUGCUGGACUGAAGUCAUAUCUACUAGAGUAUCAACAAUUGAUUCUUUAACAGUCUUGAAGCUAAACAAAAUUAGGUCUUUUAAUUUAAUUAAUUAAA